UGAUCAGUAGAUAAUGUAUAAAUAGGGAACGAUAACGAAAACAUUAUCGGAAAAGUUGAUUAUGUCUUUAUUGGUGAUUCAGGGUUUACUUCAUGGUAAAUCAGGGUUUUCUUUAUAGUCAAUACGAUUCAAAAGUAGUACAAUUAUUUUGUCACGGAUAAUGGUUUCACAACUUGAUUACCCUUUUCCCAAUAGUAACAUUAACAUGUUAUUGUUACAAAUACCGUGCGAGAGUAGUAUAGAGGGACGUAUUAUAUCUAUAAAUAUACAGAUGACAUGUAACAGUAUUAUUAAUUUUUGUAACUCGGAGUCACCUGCGAUUAUCCUUGGUAACGCUGAUCUGAGAAGGAUAUAGUGUUACAGUGUUAAAUGAAACAAAUUCGAGAAAGACUUACAUGAAAAAUGGAUAUAAAGGAAUUCAACUUAAUAUAUAAUAAGGAUAGUCCGUUCUUCGGAAAAGGAUUAGAAAGUAUUAUUGAACAAGCCCUCAAAGAGGAACAGGUUCCUCAUAGCAUCAGACCGAUCUCUGAUAAAAAGUGUGAUAUCAUUCCAGCCAUCAGUUUCCAGACUAAUAUGACGCACGAUAAAGAAGUGAACAUAUAUGAAAGAAAAAGCGCCUUAGUCGCAGGAAAAAGUGAUCCACAAGAUGGUUCUACAGUAAAUAAAGAUUUCAAACAGAGGACUAGAAAUGCACAGGCUAAUCCGCGUUUUAAUCCAAAUUCAGUACCGGUUAGCACUUCAAGACCAAUAUUAGUAUCAUCGGCACUUCAUAUGUCUAGUUCUUACAAUUCUUCACGGAGUUCUAGACAUUCAUUUACACAUGCAUCUCACAACUUUCCUUUACGAGCGCCUUGUAAUGACGCGCAUGCGCGGUCAACCGGAUACGAAUCCAGUGUUUCAGAAACAAGCAGUUACUCAAAAACUACAAGCAACUUUUCAGAGAAACUGCCAGCUACUGGAACCGAAGUACCAAAGAAUUAUUUGAAAGACAAUCGCUCAGCUUUUGACCACAGUCAACAGGACAAAUUUAAUAUUACGGGUGAAUAUUCUUCUGCUCCUAGAUUAGCUUUAUUCAACGAGAAUUGUUGUGGAAUAGUAAAGUGUGAAGAAAAACAUACUAACUGUAGGAAAGAAAGUCUCACAAACAUGGCGGACAGCUCAUCUGAAAGACAAACGCCUACCCAUUCAGCGGGCGAUUCGGUGAGCACUUGGGGAUGUAGCUUUCAAAAAGAUCCAUUCAACACCGUCGAAAAGCACUUGGCUUCCACUUAUACUGUAGACAGCCACCGGGAGCUCGACGGAAUAGGUAAAGAUAAAGCGUUUGACGUUUGCAAGAGUAAUGGUAGGAUCUCAAGUGAGCAAAUCACAAGAUGCCGGAACGAUUUACAGACAAUGCCUUGCGAAUCACGCACUUCCGGUAACGCACAUGAAUCAUCUGAACCACCGGCAUCAGCGGCAUCACCAUACCAUGACAGACAAGGUACCUUUCUUUGA